AUGCGCCGCCGUCGCGUUUGCUGCAUUCGUAACUUCACCGUCGCACAUUUAACCAUGGAUGAGGAAAAGCUGAUUGAGGCCCUUCCGCGCCUCGAAAAGGCCAAGGAAGAGGCCAAUGUGUUGUACCGUGAGCGCCGUUUCAAGGAUGCUGCACGGGCCUACACACGACUUGUGGCUGAAAUGCUGGAGAAGGACUCAUUGUCCGCCAAUAUUGCUGCUUUGACGGCUGCUGUGAAGGAUAUAACUGUGAAGGACGAGGGCAUUUCGAAGUUGCUGGCUACCCUGCUUUCCAAUGCAGCUCUGUGCUACUACCAGGAGCAGUCCAUAGAUGAGGCCUCCAAGCUCUGGGAUGCCUGCCUGGCGAUUGACGCCUACAACUACAAGGCGGUGUACAACCUGGCGCAGUGUUGUGUGGCCCGCAGGGAGAUGAAGAAGGCCCUGGAGCUGGUGGCACGUUGCCAGAACAUUGCGCUCACCAAGGGCAUGAACAACACCAAGUCGCUGCCUCACGCCGAGCUGAUGCAACGCAUUGGCUCAACUGUCGAGCGUGAGUACGACCAGAGGCAGGGUUUCAGCGGCAACGACGAGAUUUUCGCUGCGAUCGAGGCUGACCAGUCUGUGCGUGACAACCUUGAGAAGCUGAGCAUGCAGAGUAGGAGCGAGACUGCUCGCAACCGCGUGAUCCCACGACUCAUUAAGGUCAUUAAAGGCAAAACCGAUGUGGUAAAACACGCCACGACACAUGCUGACACUUGGGGAACUAUCCACGUUCUGCUGCAGGACCUUGAGUCUGGUGUCGAGGCCGAGUUGCUGUCGCAGCUCUCGGCAGGUUUGUCCGAGCAUUCCCUAGACCUCCUGCGCUACGCAAAAGACCUGAUGAAAGCCAUCGAAAACAACCGUUCGGCUGCGAAAUUGUUGUACACCGUGGCGUUCCAGUUUGGCCGCGUUUGCUACCACAUGGGCACCACCGCCUCUCUGGAAGCCCUGUGCACCAUUGUCGAGGGCAGCGACGCUGAGUUGGAGCAACGCAUUUACUCGUGCGUGUACCAGUACUUCUCCCGCCCGCGUCACGACGAGAAACGCCCUGUCGACGGCCACUUCACCACCGUCCUAACUCGGAUUCUGGAGACUAUGUUAGGCCAGUGUGAACUUGGCUGCCCCAACGAAAAGCGCGACACCAUCGAGCGUGUCCUUGUUUCCAUCUUUGUGAUGGCCCCCACUCGUUUCGCGAUAUCCGAGGAGACCCUGAACGGAGUUAUUACUAGGCUCUUGGGAGGCUACAUCGCCUUCGCUCCGGAUCCAGUCCUCUCCAACUGCCUGCUGCAGUCGCAGUGGUACAUGGCCAUGCGCUGCCUGCACGUGUCCAACAAGGCCUUUUUUAAGGAGUACAUGCUCACUGGCGGCCUCGUGACCCCGUUGAUUGGCAACUUCAUGAUCGUCGGCUGGGACGAGCCCAGCAUGUCGCAGCUGCGCCUGUACAUGAGCGAGGUGAUCGUCUUCUGCAUGGACUACAUGGAGCUGCGCCAGCAGAUUGUCGACACCAAGGUGAACGAGAAGACGCUCUUGGAGUUUUUGCGCCACGACGUGAACCUUGCCAAGUUCCUGAGCAAGCUCAUCGAGCGCGACGCCGAGGUCGAGGAGUACUGCCGCAAGGGCAAAUACGAGUUCAAGACCCCACUGCGAUCAGACUCGGAGCGCUCGAUGCACGAGUUCAAGCUUUUGAUUCUUUCUAAGCUGGCUGUGCAUUCCACCGAAGUCAUGCGCCAGAUCUGCGAAGCCUUCGAAAUCAUGGGCAUGGUGCCGCUGGCCCUUGUCGCGAACCUGAUCGACGGCUACCGCGUCGAUCUGCUAAUCGACUCCCUCUCGUACUUGACCCUGCACGGCGAAGCUAAGGAGGACGUGAUCAUCGACAUGAUCCUCCCCGUCCUGCGCUGGGCCGAGUCGAGUACCGAGUGCAAGGACAGGACCUUCUACAUGGUCUGCCAGACCCUGGCCAACCUGACCAGGUCUCGCAGCCACCGCGACAACUUCAACCGCGACCCCAGCACCGGCCAGAUGUUUGACGAGGCGCAAAUCUCGGCCCUGCGUGAGGCGUACGAGAAGCUGCCCGCCGCCAGUCGCCCCAAGUCCAACGGCGAGUACGAUGAGGGUAGCGACGAGCUUGCCGAGCGCAGCCGCAAGGCACUUCUGUGCCUGCACGAAGACGUGCCCAGGCUGCUGAUUAACCUCGCACGCAAGGCAUCUCCUGACAAUGCCAACACCGACGAAUCCGAGUCCGGCAAGAACGCCCCUGCGUCCCGAUACGAUUCCGCCUCGCACCUGGUAAUGAUGGAGACGCUCCACAACGUGACAGCGCCGCGUGCCACUCGUGGCAAGAUGCAAACCGUUGGUGCACUGCGUGUGUUCCUGAACGCUUCUAUCAACGAUGCGCACAUGAAGACUAAGCGCUCACGCUACUUCACGCAGUCGGUCGCCCACCUCUGCAUGGCCUCCGACCCGAGGACCCUCUCCUAUCGUGACGCACUGGAUGCUGCUGGCCCGCUGGUCAAGCUGCUCCGCGACGACAACGAACUGCUCCAGUACGAGGCAGCUCUCGGUUUAACUAACCUGCUCGCCGUGGAUGACUCUGUCCGUCAGCGUGUAUGGACUGUCGGUGGCUGGGACGCUCUGGGUGCGUUGUUGUCUUCGGACAAUGCGCUUCUCAAGGCCGCCGGCCUAGAGGGCUGGUGCAACUUCGCCAACGGCUCCGGCUCUGUGAACAGCCACAUCUACAGGAAGCUGUCCGACAUGCUGGACGAUGAGGAGCGCCGCAUAUCUAGGGAAAACAACAUCAAAAAGUCUGACUCCAGCUCCGACGAGAGUGACAGCCACGAUGAAGGCGACCAGGAUCGUGAAAAGGACGACCAGGCUGAAGACAACGAAGACGGCAUCAAAGAUCUAGAAGAUGAAGACAACGAUGAAGCUGAAGAACAGGAUGGCGACAAGGUCGAAGACGACAGGCCUGAGGAAGCCGCAGACGAACCAAAAGGCGAAACUAAGUCCGGGGACGCUGCGGAAAGCGACCCACUCAAGAAGGUUCCCAUUCUACAAGUGCAUGACGUUAACGUUAUGUUGAUGUUUGCGGCCGACACUUCCGACCUGCGCUGCGUCAAGGCGAGCGCCGGGGCGCUUGCGCACCUUACAAACGACGUCCGCGUGGCCGGCUACUUGCCGCUCUGCAGCAAGUUCGACCGUCUGAUCGUCGCCGCUGACAGCCUAGAGGACCGUGACGCGCUGCAGCGCGUGUUCACGGUAUUCAACCACGUGCAGCAGGGGCACGAGGUGGGCGACUCCGCAGCACGCGAGUACGUCGCCAAGGUCAAGCGCGACAUCCGCGCGUGCACGGAGCGCAACAUGCCCAAGAUGAAGGCCUGCGGUCUCCUCGACCUGGCCGAGGAGGUGCUGCAGCACUCAGACAUUACAGACAAUUCGAUCGCGUAA